UUCCCAAUGAGAGGCGAUGGGGGGAAGUUUGGGCAACUCGGCCUGGCCAAUGGAGAGCCUCGGGAGGGCUCUGCCCCUUCCCCCCGCCCCCGCCCGCCUCGGCUCACGCAGCGCUAGUGUGUCCGCCUAGCUCAGUGUGCGUGGAGAUUAGGUCCAAGCGCCCGCCCAGAGGCAGGCAGUCCGCGAGCCCAGCCGCCGCUGUCGCCGCCAGUAGCAGCCUUCGCCAGCAGCGCCGCGGCGGAACCGGGCGCAGGGGAGCGAGCCCGGCCCCGCCAGCCCAGCCCAGCCCUACUCCCUCCCCACGCCAGGGCAGCAGCCGUUGCUCAGAGAGAAGGUGGAGGAAGAAAUCCAGACCCCAGCACGCGCGCACCAUCAUGGACCAUUAUGAUUCUCAGCAAACCAACGAUUACAUGCAGCCAGAAGAGGACUGGGACCGGGACCUGCUCCUGGACCCGGCCUGGGAGAAGCAGCAGAGAAAGACAUUCACGGCAUGGUGUAACUCCCACCUCCGGAAGGCGGGGACACAGAUCGAGAACAUCGAAGAGGACUUCCGGGAUGGCCUGAAGCUCAUGCUGCUGCUGGAGGUCAUCUCAGGUGAACGCUUGGCUAAGCCAGAGCGAGGCAAGAUGAGAGUGCACAAGAUCUCCAACGUCAACAAGGCCCUGGAUUUCAUAGCUAGCAAAGGCGUCAAACUGGUGUCCAUCGGAGCCGAAGAAAUCGUGGAUGGGAAUGUGAAGAUGACCCUGGGCAUGAUCUGGACCAUCAUCCUGCGCUUUGCCAUCCAGGACAUCUCUGUGGAAGAGACUUCAGCUAAGGAAGGGCUGCUCCUGUGGUGUCAGAGAAAGACAGCCCCUUACAAAAACGUCAACAUCCAGAACUUCCACAUAAGCUGGAAGGAUGGCCUCGGCUUCUGUGCCUUGAUUCACCGACACCGGCCCGAGCUGAUUGACUAUGGGAAGCUGCGGAAGGAUGAUCCACUCACAAAUCUGAAUACGGCUUUUGACGUGGCAGAGAAGUACCUGGACAUCCCUAAGAUGCUGGAUGCCGAAGACAUCGUUGGAACUGCCCGACCGGAUGAGAAAGCCAUCAUGACUUAUGUGUCUAGCUUCUACCACGCCUUCUCUGGAGCCCAGAAGGCGGAGACAGCAGCCAAUCGCAUCUGCAAGGUGUUGGCCGUCAACCAGGAGAACGAGCAGCUUAUGGAAGACUACGAGAAGUUGGCCAGUGAUCUGUUGGAGUGGAUCCGCCGCACAAUCCCGUGGCUGGAGAACCGGGUGCCCGAGAACACCAUGCAUGCCAUGCAGCAGAAGCUGGAGGAUUUCCGGGACUACCGGCGCCUGCACAAGCCGCCCAAGGUGCAGGAGAAGUGCCAGCUGGAGAUCAACUUCAACACGCUGCAGACCAAGCUGCGGCUCAGCAACCGGCCUGCCUUCAUGCCCUCUGAGGGCAGGAUGGUCUCGGACAUCAACAAUGCCUGGGGCUGCCUGGAGCAGGUGGAGAAGGGCUAUGAGGAGUGGUUGCUGAACGAGAUCCGGAGGCUGGAGCGACUGGACCACCUGGCAGAGAAGUUCCGGCAGAAGGCCUCCAUCCACGAGGCCUGGACUGACGGCAAAGAGGCCAUGCUGCGACAGAAGGACUAUGAGACAGCCACCCUCUCGGAGAUCAAGGCCCUGCUCAAGAAGCAUGAGGCCUUCGAGAGUGACCUGGCUGCCCACCAGGACCGCGUGGAGCAGAUUGCCGCCAUUGCACAGGAGCUCAAUGAGCUGGACUAUUAUGACUCACCCAGUGUCAACGCCCGUUGCCAAAAGAUCUGUGACCAGUGGGACAAUCUGGGGGCCCUAACUCAGAAGCGAAGGGAAGCUCUGGAGCGGACCGAGAAACUGCUGGAGACCAUUGACCAGCUGUACUUGGAGUAUGCCAAGCGGGCUGCACCCUUCAACAACUGGAUGGAGGGGGCCAUGGAGGACCUGCAGGACACCUUCAUUGUGCACACCAUUGAGGAGAUCCAGGGACUGACCACAGCCCAUGAGCAGUUCAAGGCCACCCUCCCUGAUGCCGACAAGGAGCGCCUGGCCAUACUGGGCAUCCACAACGAGGUGUCCAAGAUUGUCCAGACCUACCACGUCAAUAUGGCGGGCACCAACCCCUACACAACCAUCACGCCUCAGGAGAUCAAUGGCAAAUGGGACCACGUGCGGCAGCUGGUGCCACGGAGGGACCAAGCUCUGACGGAGGAGCAUGCCCGACAGCAGCACAAUGAGAGGCUACGCAAGCAGUUUGGGGCCCAGGCCAAUGUCAUCGGGCCCUGGAUCCAGACCAAGAUGGAGGAGAUCGGGAGGAUCUCCAUUGAGAUGCACGGGACCCUGGAGGACCAGCUCAGCCACCUGCGGCAGUAUGAGAAGAGUAUCGUCAACUACAAGCCAAAGAUUGAUCAGCUGGAGGGCGACCACCAGCUCAUCCAGGAGGCACUCAUCUUUGACAACAAGCACACCAACUACACCAUGGAGCACAUCCGUGUGGGCUGGGAGCAGCUGCUCACCACCAUCGCCAGGACCAUCAAUGAGGUGGAGAACCAGAUCCUGACCCGGGAUGCCAAGGGCAUUAGCCAGGAGCAGAUGAAUGAGUUCCGGGCCUCCUUCAACCACUUUGACCGGGAUCACUCCGGCACACUGGGUCCCGAGGAGUUCAAAGCCUGCCUCAUCAGCUUGGGUUAUGAUAUUGGCAACGACCCCCAGGUACUCGCCUCCUGCAUGGAGCACGCUCAGGGGUGGCAUCUGGGGCGAGAAAUAAUGCGUUUUUCCUUUUUCUCUUCUCUCUGUCUGGAUCUCCUGUCCCCCUCCUGUGGGCCAUGGGGCUCGUCCUCUCCUGCUGUCUCUGUCUGCCCCAUCACUGGUCCACCCUCUGCCCUCUGCUGUCUUUUGUGGCAACCUGCUGGGUGCCCGCUGUCUUCCGUCCUCGCCGCUCUUCAUCCCAUGGGUGGAUAUUUGCAUCUCCCUGCUCUGUCUUCCUCCUGUCUUUGGACAUUUCCACCGAUGUGUGUUCGCAUCUUCUCCUAUGUUCCUUUACCCAUCCUGACCCCCAAAACCAUAAAUCUCAUCCCCAUUCUGGCCAUCUGUUCCUGUCCUGGCCCUGGGCCGGCCCUUCCUCUUCCUGCCUUCCCGACCCGCCUUGUGUCUUGGUACCACUGCCCCCCACAGAAGAAGACAGGCAUGAUGGACACGGAUGAUUUCCGCGCCUGCCUGAUCUCCAUGGGUUACAACAUGGGAGAAGCAGAAUUUGCCCGCAUCAUGAGCAUUGUGGACCCCAACCGCCUGGGGGUAGUGACAUUCCAGGCCUUCAUUGACUUCAUGUCCCGCGAGACAGCCGACACAGAUACAGCAGACCAAGUCAUGGCUUCCUUCAAGAUCCUGGCCGGGGACAAGAACUACAUUACCAUGGACGAGCUGCGCCGCGAGCUGCCGCCCGACCAGGCUGAGUACUGCAUCGCGCGGAUGGCCCCCUACACCGGCCCCGACUCCGUGCCAGGUGCUCUGGACUACAUGUCCUUCUCCACGGCGCUGUACGGCGAGAGUGACCUCUAAUCCACCCCGCCCGGCCGCCCUCGUCUUGUGCGCCGUGCCCUGCCUUGCACCUCCGCCGUCGCCCAUCUCCUGCCUGGGUUCGGUUUCAGCUCCCAGCCUCCACCCGGGUGAGCUGGGGCCCACGUGGCAUCGAGCCUCCCUGCCCGCGAAGUGACAGUUUACAAAAUUAUUUUCUGCAAAAAAGAAAAAAAAAGUUACGUUAAAAACCAAAAAACUACAUAUUUUAUUAUAGAAAAAGUAUUUUUUUCUCCACCAGACAAAUGGAAAAAAAGAGGAAAGAUUAACUAUUUGCACCGAAAUGUCUUGUUUUGUUGUGACAUAGGAAAAUAACCAAGCACAAAGUUAUAUUCCAUCCUUUUUACUGAUUUUUUUUUUCUUCUAUCUGUUCCAUCUGCUGUAUUCAUUUCUCCAAUCUCAUGUCCACUUUGGUGUGGGAGUCGGGGUAGGGGGUACUCUUGUCAAAAGGCACAUUGGUGCAUGUGUGUUUGCUAGCUCACUUGUCCAUGAAAAUAUUUUAUGAUAUUAAAGAAAAUCUUUUGAAA